UCGUAGAUAUUUUCUUGAACAUAAAAGAUUUUGAAAUGUUGGAAACCAUUAGAAUAUUCGUUAUAAAAUCAGUUUCCGCUGCUAUUAUAUUGUCGAUUGGAUCUUUUUGGAGUGUUGUCGUGCUUUUUGGUGUACUGCGUUCUGUAAUCACAGAAGGACCUUCUAAGGUAUUUUGCCGCAAAAACAGGCAUAAGGAAUCUCCUCCAUUUCAUUACAUAGCAUGGGACGAAAAAACCCGAAAUAAUCCUGGACCAAACACGAAAUCCUGGAAUCAUGCAAAUAUCACAGUACCGGAAUCUGGAAUGAGAUUUCACUAUGUUUAUUCCGGAAAAAAGCCGAAGCACAUCACCAUCUCAGAUAUUGACGGUGAAACUGUGAAUAUUCACGACGACGAAGAUAACGAACCCAAAUUGAUUCUAUGUCUUCAUGGAUUUCCCGAAAACUGGUUCAGUUGGCGCCAUAUGCUUCGAUAUUUUGACAAUCCAUCAUCAGACUUGAAAAAUCAUUUUGUCGUUGCAGUCGAUCUUAGAGGAUAUGGUGAUACCGACAAACCAAAGUCUACAAAGGCGUAUCAUAUUAAUCUUUUGGUGUCUGAUGUACGAGGAAUAGCUCAGGCACUAGGAUACAAUAAAUUCGUGUUGAUGGGUCAUGACUGGGGUGGUGCCAUAUCCUUCCGUGUCGCCAGUAUAUAUCCGGAAAUUUUAGAGAAGUGCAUUAUAAUGAAUGCAGUAUACACGCCGGUAUUCUCAAAAAAUCGAAGCUUCGGACAAUUUUUAAAAAGCUGGUACAUGUUCUUUUAUCAGCUUCCAAUACUUCCAGAAUGGACCUUCUACUCAUCCGAUUACAAAUUCAUGCAUCAGAUUUUUGAAGGAGAGAAAGAAGGGAUUUCCAACGAACAAAAUCGCAUGACAAACGAGGAGUUCGAAGUAUUUAAGUAUAGCCUUAGUCACUCCAUGAAUGGACCAAUCAAUUAUUACCGAGCGGCAAUCUGGCCGUUCAAUCAACCAGGGCCGCCACUGCUUUACCCCAGAAUCAAAUCAGUGGGCAAGCCUUUGCAUUCUGUACCAAUAUUGCUUAUUUGGGGAGAUAGAGAUGCAUUUCUUUCAAAAGAAUUGGCUGCAAAAAGCGGAGAAUACUUCAACACAAACAACGGCAGUAAAGUAGUAUACGUCAGAGGAUCAAGUCACUGGGUGCAACAAGAUUCACCACAGGAGAUUAUAAAACAUGUUGUCGAUUUUUUGAAAUAACUACACUGUGAUCUGCGGGUCGCAACAAGA